AUGACGGGCGAAGCAUGGUUAUUCAUACUGGCAGUGGUGGUUAACGCCAUCAACUUGUUCCUCCAGGUGUUCUUCACCAUCAUGUACAGCGACUUGGAGUGCGACUACAUCAACCCUAUCGAGUUGUGCAACAAAUUAAACAACUAUAUUGUUCCAGAGGCUGCUGUGCACGCCGGUCUGACUGCUUUGUUUCUAAUCAAUGGCUACUGGUUCACUUUCCUGCUUAACCUUCCGAUCUUGGCGUUCAAUGCCAACAAAAUCUACAACAAGAACCAUUUGUUGGACGCCACAGAGAUCUUCCGUACUUUGUCCAAACAUAAGAAGGAGUCUUUUAUCAAAUUGGGUUUCCACCUCCUAAUGUUCUUCUACUACCUUUACCGGAUGAUUGCCGCGCUGAUUGCUGACGAUAUGUAA